AGCCGAGGGCGAAUACACACGGUUCGCCAACUCUUAAUUCGGGACGUCGCGACGUCGUGAACGUCCUUUCGACGACUGGAUCGCGCGCGCCAUCGUCUCUCCCUCUAUAAAUUCUCCACCUUCACCUUCACCCCCCAAACAUCCCCCUAUAUUUUUCAAAUAAAUAAAUAAAAUAAUAAAAUAAAAAAAAAUAGACAAAAAAAAAAUUACCAAAUGUCAGAAAAUAAUUUAACGUGCUUUAUCUCAAUUUACAAAAUCUCAGGACAUUGACAUCCUUCCCUGUCUCUCUCUCUCAUUUCUAUUCUGGUAAAAAGUUGUUUUCUCUAAAAAAAAAAAAAAAUUCGAUUUGAAAGAAUUUUUAAUUUUUUGGUUCCGCCCGGACGAAUUUUUUUUUUUUUUUAUAUAUAUGCCCAGCCGGAAGUGUAUUCGCGAGUUUAGUUCCAAGUUUCCUUCUCUUCACGCACGCGAGAGUCGACUCCCAGGACCGCGUCGACUCCUUCCUUCAGGAAUCGUUGUUUAAGUAAAACGGGAUAUAUAUAUAUACGCAUAUUUUGUCUACUACCCUUAUACAUAUAGUAUGGAAAUACCUUGAUCGAUUUUUUACAAAAAAAAAAAAAAAAGAAAUUUGUCCAAUUUUUUUCAUUUUCUUAUUUUUUGGAGAAAAUCUAAGUUUUAGUGGUGAAAAUAAUAAAAAAUAAUAAUUAUUCGACACGAGCUCUUUUCCAAAUGAAGGGUAAAGGACCUUUGAACCGUGGCGUGAAAACGAGCAUGGAGGAAGAACGGGAUUUUGUGUGAAAGUGCCCUCGACCAACAACGAAGUGAUAUGGUGGUUCAUGAACCGAAUCCCGGCAUUUAAUGAACAUGCGAGGAAAACGAGAGGAAACGAAAGCGUGGAAUGACAAUAAGAUUUAAGAUCAAAGUAGCGAAGGAUCGCGACGAGCGAAGAAUAGGUUGGCUCAUGUUAUGUGCGAACUGGAUUUGAACCUUCAAGUCGGCCCCAGGAGAAGAGGAUUUCGAUCUGGAAUGGCAUUUGGAACACUGACAGUGUUUGCAGUGAGACUCGUCCUCAGCGCUUAUAUACUUGCUGUGGCCGUUUAUGUCAACGCCACCGGCAACUGGGACAAGGACGACGACCUAGUCUCUUCAACGGAAGUGAAUGCAGUACUUGGACAAACAGCAUCUUUGCCUUGUGACAUUGAACCGUCCACGCGAGAAGAUCGCGUUUACAUGGUGCUAUGGUUUCGCGAGGAUGCAGUCAGGCCGAUUUACAGCUUCGACGUACGUGGAAGAGCUUUCAAUAAAGCUCUCAACUGGUCGGAAAACAAUGACGUGAAAUCCAGAGCUUACUUCGUAACAGUGACGAAGCCAGCUACUCUUUCACUGGAAACUGUUCGACUCGAUGACGAGGGCAUUUACCGAUGUCGGGUGGACUUUAAAAACUCUCCGACUCGAAACUUCCAAGUGAAUCUCACAGUGAUCGUUCCUCCACGUGAGUUGUUAAUUUUCGACAGUUCAGGAGCCGAGGUGGAAAAUGUCGUUGGACCCUAUCGAGUUGGGGUUGAGUUUAGCUUAUCUUGUCAAGUUAAAGGAGGAAAACCAACACCAGUGGUCACGUGGCUUGUCAAUGGAACCGAAACAAUGGGACUAUUGCAAAAAUUAGGAGCAACUAUCGUGGUCAAUGAACUGACAGUAUCUCAACUAAAAAGGGAGCACCUAAAUACAACGUACAAAUGUAGGGCCACUAACACGAAUUUGAUGACUCCCUUGGAAAAGAACGUCCUUUUAGACGUAUACUUGAAACCAAUUUCGGUGGAAAUACUAACGAAGCCCUUGAUCUUGGAAGCAGAGAAGGAUUACUCGAUUUCCUGUAAAUGUAUUGGUUCUCAUCCUCGAGCAAAAAUUUCCUGGCUUGAUAAAAAUGGAACCUCGUUUAAAAGUGGCAAGGUAGUAAAUGGUGAAGACUCGAAGUCUGUUUUAAGUACUUUGAUCUUUUCUCCGAUUCCUGAGGAUCAUGGGGAUAUUCUCAAGUGUCGAGGGGAAAAUCCAGAAUUGGCCGGAGCAUAUCUCGAUGACCAAUUUCCCCUCAAUGUUGUCUUUCCUCCAAAAGUUCAAUUACAUUUGGGAAGUACAUUGAAUGCAGAAAAUAUAAAAGAAGGCGACGACGUCUAUUUCGAGUGUAAAGUCCGAGCAAAUCCGGAACAUCACAAAAUAACAUGGAAACACAAUGGAGUCGUCCUCGCUCAGAACUACUCGGCUGGAAUAAUAAUGAGCACUCAAAGUUUGGUUCUGCAAAGCAUUGGACGGGACAACGCCGGAAAUUAUACCUGUCUUGCGAGCAACGAUAGGGGAGAAACUUCCAGUUCUGCUGUAUCUUUACGAGUCCAAUAUGCGCCUGUUUGUAAGGCAAAAGAGGUGACAAUAAUUGGCGCAUCAUUGGAGGAAUCAGUGAAAGUACGCUGUGAAGUUGAUGCUGAUCCUGCGGACGUUGAUUUUCUAUGGGAAUUUAAUAAUAGUGGAGAAAAUUUUGAGGGAGCUUCAGCAAAAUUCGAUGGCAAUAAUGGAACAAUGAGUGAAUUAAUUUAUACACCAAUAUCAGAUAGGGAUUAUGGACCCUUGACUUGUUGGGGCAGAAAUCCCAUUGGAAAACAAGAAGCUCCAUGCAUUUAUCAAAUUAUUCCCGCAGUAAAACCGAGUCAGUUGAGUAAUUGUACAAUAAAAGCGGCUCUGAAUUUAAGCUCGGAAAUUUUGGAAGUGGAAUGUGUUCCGGGCUAUGAUGGUGGCAUUAGACAAGAGUUUAAGCUUGAGGCGUUUGAGGUUUCAAGUGGGAAAAUGCGAUUAAACGCCUCGAGCAUUUCUAUGGAAAUACCAAUUUUUCGAAUAGCCGUCGCUGAUCUUUUACCCGCUACGCAUUUUUAUUUACGGGUUUUUGCAAUCAAUGCAAAGGGCAAAAGUGAUCCGACAAUGCUUGAAGAUAUUUUACUUCGAGAUUCCGAGAAGAAUCAAGACAGCGGUGUCAGUAUGGUGCCAUUAAUUUUACUUCUCGUUGGUUGUUUAAUGGCACUUGGAGUAACUGUAUUGUCAGUGAUGUUAAUGAUGUAUCGAAGACGUGGUACAACAUCGCCAGUACAUAUUGAACCCUAUAUGAAACAACCAAUAAUAACGCCACCUGAUUCGAGAAAUAAUUCAAUGCUCGAUGUCACACACGGUGAUCAUACAUAUUUUGUUGAAUAUACACUCAAGCAGGUCGCCGAUUAUGCAUUAAAUAAUCAACCCGAUAUAAUUCAAUCGCCUCAAGAUCACGAGAAAAUCAAAAGGGAGCCACAAUUAUUUUUGCCAGUGAGGCCGGAUACUCUAUUUGCACCGUAUGACAUUCACAAACAAGGCCUUCAAUCAAACAGAUGCAGUCUGAAUCCAUUUUCUGCGAAAUCGUGGGAACCAAUAAGUUUCAAGGCUGAUCGCAAUCUCAUGAAAGAGAUCAUCAUCGCAAAUUCCAUACCCGGUCCAGAGAGUUGUGUCUAAAAGGAACCGCGCGAAUGGAAAAACAUUGAAGAAACAUAUCAGGAAGACUGAACGAGAAAUCAUCAGUCCCUAGCACAGUAAUGAAAAAAAAACAAAAAACAAACAAAUCAUCAUUCAACGCACCCGCGAUAAAAAAAAAUCAUCAACCUCAUUUUUUAGACUGUGAAAAUUAUUAUUUUUUUUUCCUUUUUUUUUUGCGAAAAAUCGCGUUUAAAACGCGCCUUAACAUUACGCAAAUGAUGGAGGGGGAAAAAAAAAGUAACAAUAAUAUUUUCAUCACUCGCGUUAAUAAUUGUUCGAGUAACAGACUUAAAAGUAAAAAAAUAAUAAUAAUUAAUAAAUAAAAAAAGCAAAAAAAAAAAAAAAAUGAUCACUUUUGUAAGAAACUUACGCUAUAAGAGAUAAAAAAAAAAAAAAAAGAAAAGAAAAACAUUCGACGAAAGACUAAAAAAAUAAUUCUCGUAGCAUAUUCUAACCAAACGCUACAAAACACAAUGUAUUACUCUGAGUUUAAUAUAUUUUGUGUCAAGUCUUGACAA